UGUAAAUGAAUCCUGGGUUGGAAGAAAUAGUCGCAAAUUUGCGUAAAUAUUAUGAGAAUAAAUUUGUUAAAUGAGCGGAAAAUGGUAAUAUUCCAAGAAUAAAGUCACGAGUCUUUUAGGAGCCGAUGGAAGGAAGAACAACACAUGUAUCGAUGUUAAGUGGUAGCGGUAAAUGUGUUAGGGAAAAAUCUGUUAUUUUGGCAGAGAGGGCAAAGAUGAGCACCCGGUCAAGCGGCCUUAAAUGCGUGGCCGCGCUCCCACAGCGGCCUUUCAACGUGACCUGCAGCUGCCGAGCAGACAUUCAGCACCAUGUCCACCCUGAAGGACAUCUGCAGCGGUUUACCUCUGGACCCUUUGCCCCCGAGCCGAGCUCGAGACCCUGGCCUGCCCCAUGCGCCCGUCCGCACGCCAAACCUCACAGCUCAAGAGGAGCAGCUGGCACUAAGGAACGCCCUGCGCUACUUCCCCCCGGCCCACCAUGCAACCCUGGCACCAGAGUUUGCAGUAGAACUGCGGCAGUAUGGCCACAUCUACAUGUACCGCUUCUGUCCCACGCUACGCAUGAGAGCGUACCCCCUACACGAGUACCCGUGCCGCACACGCCAAGCCGCCGCCAUCAUGCUCAUGAUCAUGAACAACCUGGACCCGGCUGUGGCCCAGUUCCCCCAGGAGCUGGUGACAUAUGGAGGAAAUGGGCAGGUGUUCAGUAACUGGGCCCAGUUCCGCCUGGUGAUGCGUUACCUGAGCGAGAUGACUGAGGAGCAGACCUUGGUCAUGUACAGCGGUCACCCCAUGGGUCUCUUCCCCAGCCUGCCUUCCUCGCCCCGCGCCAUCAUCACCAACGGCAUGGUUAUUCCCAACUACUCCUCCAGGGAGCAGUAUGAGCGCAUGUUUGCUUUGGGCGUGUCAAUGUACGGCCAAAUGACUGCAGGAAGCUACUGCUACAUUGGACCUCAAGGGAUUGUUCAUGGCACUAUGCUGACGGUGCUGAACGCCGGUCGGAGAUACCUGGGUUCUGGUGACCUGAGGGGGCGGGUCUUUGUCACCUCCGGUCUGGGGGGCAUGAGCGGCGCUCAGGCGAAAGCCGCCGUCAUCGCCGGCUGCAUCGGCGUGAUUGCGGAGGUGGACGAGGCGCCCCUGAGGAAGAGACACCAGCAGGGUUGGCUGAUGGAGGUGACGGCAGAUAUGGAUGAGUGCAUUCAACGCAUCAGGGAAUCUCGAAGCGCAAAGACUCCCCUCAGUCUGGGUUACCACGGCAACAUUGUGGACCUGUGGGAGCGUCUGCUUUUGGAGUACCAGAGGACGGGUGAACUCCUGGUGGAUCUGGGCUCAGACCAGACCUCCCUUCACAACCCCUUCAAUGGCGGCUACUACCCAGUGCAGCUCAGCUUCCGCCAGGCCGACCGGCUGAUGUCCACGGAUCCCGGCCUGUUCCGCCUCACGGUCCAAGAAAGCCUGCGAAGACACGUCAACGCCAUCAACAAGCUGUCGGAUGCCGGCAUGUUCUUUUGGGACUAUGGAAACGCCUUUCUACUGGAAGCACAGAGAGCUGGUGCUCAGGUAGAAAAGGUUGGCGGAGGAGCCACAGAAUUCCGUUACCCGUCUUACGUUCAACACAUCAUGGGGGACAUUUUCUCUUUGGGCUUCGGUCCAUUCCGCUGGGUGUGCACCUCCGGCGAUCCCCAGGAUCUCGCCCGAACCGAUGAGCUGGCCGCCUCGGUCCUGGAGGACAUCAGCGCCAACGUGACAGAUGGAAUCAGACAGCAGUACGAUGACAACAUCCUGUGGAUCAGGGAGGCUGGGAAGCACCAAAUGGUUGUGGGAUCCCAGGCCAGAAUCCUCUACUCGGACCAGAAAGGAAGAGUGGCCAUCGCUCUGGCCAUCAACCGAGCCGUCGCCAAUGGACAAGUUUCUGCUCCUGUGGUGAUCAGCAGAGACCACCAUGACGUCAGCGGCACCGACAGCCCCUUCAGGGAGACCUCCAACGUGUACGACGGAUCUGCCUUCUGUGCCGAUAUGGCGGUUCAGAACUUUGUGGGCGAUGCGUUCAGGGGCGCCACCUGGGUGGCCCUGCACAACGGCGGCGGCGUCGGCUGGGGCGAGGUGAUGAACGGAGGCUUCGGCCUGCUGCUGGACGGCAGCGAGGAGGCGGCAAAGCGAGCCUCCCUGAUGCUCAGCUGGGACGUCUCCAACGGGGUGGCACGCCGCUGCUGGUGCGGAAACGCCAACGCCUACCAGACCAUCCAGCGCACCAUGGAGGAGGAUGGAAAGCUGUGGGUCACCUUGCCUUUUCCUGUGGAGGAUGAGCACAUCCUGGACCGGGCCCUGCAGGGCUAGCUUAGCAUACGUCCUAGCGUAUGCUAAAGGGGAACAUUCAGGGUGUUUGAAAGCACAUCUCAUGAGAUCUAACUGAGAGCUGUUUUUCAUAUUCAUAUUCAUAUUCAUAUAGAGUCCCUGUCAUGCAGCCAAAUAAUCCAUGACUGUGGCAAACAGCUCUCAGUAGGAUGCACUGCUGUGAUAAAUACAUAAUAUUUAUGGUGGCCCCUAUGGGUGUGGUCAGACGAUGUGCUAGCAUACAUACCGAUAUCCUGCUUAUGUCCAAUGUUUGUUUCCCUACAUAUCUAAACGUAAUGUUUUAUCACUUAUGUCCAAUGUUUCCCUACAUAUCUAAACCUAAUGUUUUAUCACUUAUGUCCAAUGUUUCCCUACAUAUCUAAACCUAAUGUUUUAUCACUUAUGUCCAAUGUUUCCCUACAUAUCUAAACAUCAUGUUUUAUCGCGUAUAUUCAAUGUUUCUCUGCAUAUAUAAACAUGUUUUAUGGCAUAUGUCCAAUGUUUCCCUCUGUUACAUGUAACUGAUCGUGGUAGCCCGCCACACCCUGAAAAUGAACUUGAAAACAA